CCUUGUUCACGUAAAUAAAAAUGCGCAUAUAUUACUCAUCGAGAAAACUUUGGACUACUGGUUUAUCGUUUCAUCGACAUGAUUUGUGACAACGAACGUUUAGACUAGUGAGUGAGAGAUUUUCAUCAUUUAUUGCGGGAUAUGUUGUAGUUUGGUUUUUUUUCAUGAUUGCGUCAUUAUUAAAUAGAAAAUGAUUGGGCGUUUUUAUAUAAAAAAAAACGAAAGUAUAUAUUCAAAAAAGGCGUGGGCCUCAAAUAAUCAGAAUAAAUUUAUCGCUGUAGUCUAUAUCUUUUCACAUGACUGACCUUACUCAUCAACGUGUCAAUUUGAAUAUGUUUUGCACCAAAUCAAAAUAUAACAUACUGUUUUACUUCCGAGAACAUUUAGUAAAUAUUUCAGAAUUCACUUGUUUUUAUUGGAUUAUUUUCUAAUUGCAUUAUGAAAAAAACAACCAGGCUUUAAUAUUUAUUUAUUUUUUUCAUUACAGUAUGGAUUCAUCUCAAAAGAGUUGAUGGUAAUUCAAUGAAAGAUGUUUCAGAAAACAAGAAUUCAGUAUGAAUUGCCAUUAAGGCAAGUGAAUUCAUUGAUUUCUUCAUAAUCUUUAAUAUGUUAAAUUUCGAUAUUAUUGCAAAAUAAAUAAGUGUCUUGCUCUUGUUUCUAAUAAUUCGAGUCAGAUAUUCUACAAAAAAACAAAUCUAUGACUAGUAAAGAAUAUCAUUUACCUACGAUGAAAACGAUCGUCAUCUAGCAUAUAGUGUUUGAUGACACGCGUAUUUUUUAAUGGCAUGUUUUGUAUUUAGUAACAGUCAAUAAAGAUAUUUAAAAAAAAAAUACAUGGCUGAUUUUCUAAAAUCUAUGCACCAUAUUAAGAAAUUAUAAUACUUUUCACUGUGUAGAUUUAUCCCUAUUUAUAAAAUUUUCACAAUAUUUUUUUUCUAUAUGACUUAGUAGAGCAUUGAUUUGAUUAUUCUUUCCUACUUUAUAGUUUUCUUUUCAUUUCUGUCAUAUCUUUAUAAAAAUAUUAAUCAAGUUAACUAAAUUUAACUUUUGCACAAACAACUGGUACAUCAGUAGUGAUUUAUCUCUUACUGCUUAAGCAGAAGCGUGACAUUUUCGUUGGCGUAAUUGUUUCGUAUAUAUGUAUUAUGACUACAUGAGAGAAACAAAAUCUAACUUCGGGUGGGUGCAUUAACUAACUAUAUAGUGUGGAUAGAUCUCGAUAUGAUUCAAGGUUACUAAUACCGCAUUAUUUUUCUAGUGUAAACUAGGUAUUAUUCAAUUCCAAUUGAUGUUGUGUAGAGAUCUUCCAUCUUAUUCAUCAACAAUACGAAAAUAAUACACCGAUUGAAUAACGCCAAAUGAUGUCAUGAUAAUCUAACUUACGUAUAUCCAAUGGAUAUAUACAUGUGGUGAGAUCAUGAAAAUGCUUUCUUUAUUGCAUUAGUCUUCUAAUAAUUUUUUCUUUUCCUGUUUUAUAUAUAUAUACUCAGUGAAAAAUGUUUAUUUCAAAGAUCUGCUUUUAAUAAAAGAAAACGUCCCAACAAAAAUUAAAAGGAUUUCAAAAUGGAAUCAUUAAGAACACAUUUCAUGUUGUUUCGAGUACGUUCUUAACUGUUCCAGUUUUUGUUGGAAAGCUUUCUUUUCUUGAAAAAAAAAGAUUACUUUUCUGAAACGCAUUCUUUAAUCAAUCCAUUCCCAAUGAAAAAUACUUUUAAGAACAACACAAGAUAAUUGCAUUCAUAAAAAUAUAGAAAUUUGUCUUCUACAUAAGGAAUAUGUUCUAUGAUCUAGCGAACAUUUUCAUAAACAAAAAGAAAAGUUCUAAAUAUAAAGAAAUCCAUUCUUUACUGGUUCACAAUAGUAUAAAAUACUUUCUUCUCAGUUCAAAAGUUGUUCGCUAUCUGGAUAGAAAACCUUCUGAACCAUUCUAUGGGUCAAUAGAACGAGUUUAUGCCAUUUCAGUUUUGAAGCAGUCAAAGAGCAUUUCAUCGAAAUGAGACCGUUAUCUUUAAUAUUUUGCUGAGAAACAUUUGAGAAUGGACCAUUGACUAUAGCGAUCCUAAUUCAAAAAAAAAAUCAAUUGACUAACAGCUUGAGCCAUGAAAAAUUAGAAUACGCCAUUGGAGACAGCUUAACGAGUUGCAUCGUAAUCGAUCUUUCAACAAAUUUUGUCCAAACGUCUCUUCGAAAAUUCUUAUCGUGCAUCGAAGUGUAGACUAUAAUGGCUAACAAGGCGUUCCAGAAGAAUUUGUUUUGGUUGCGUUUUUAUGUCGAGUAAUUUUGAAUGAUAGGAGUUUAUGCCAUCUUUCCACAGAAAUUCUUUUUUUUUUUGUAUGCAACACUCGACUCUUAACCAAGAAAACUAAUCUAGAUUGAGAAAAUAAACGGAACUUCGAAAACAUUUAAUAUUAAAUAAAGAAGUAAAUGUACAAUGCGACGAAUGAGUUUUAAAAAUAAUAAAAUAUUUAAGUUUUAAUUAUUUUCAGAUAAAGAAUUCCUUUUUAGAGCAAAAACAAAAGAUUCUUAAUUCAUGGCAGAUCUAGAUGAUGAGAGUAAAUAUACAAGAUUUAUAUCUAACUCAUAGGUUUCAUUUCGAUAAAGAAAAAAAAAGAAAUUCGUUGUUAUAAAUCCUUAUCAUUAAAAGAAUAUUCAUGUAAUGAUUAAAAUAUUUUUAAUAAAAAAUUUUUUGACAAGUUUUGUUCAGUGAUAAAUAUUCCAACAUUUUAUUUUAGAAUUUUUAAACUUAUAUUACAUAAAUCGUAUGACUUUUCAAAAGAAAACAAUUCUAUGAUAUUUUAACCAGAAGUCGCGAACGCAUUUCGAGUUGAGAAUACUGAUAGUUUCUACUUAUAAAGGGUUUUUAUGAAACAAUAUCAAAUAUUUAAUUAAUACUAAAAUAUGAUAAACUUGUCUUCUGCUAUAUAGAUAUUUCUCAAGACGCCGAAGAAAUACGAAACGAUCCAGCUGAAAACGACGAAGGUAUGAUUGUUUCUUGUACAUCCAUAUACAUAUUCUCAUUUGAGUAUUUUGGAAAUAAUUAGAUGACAUACUAGAGCAGCUUAUUGAAGGUGAUAAUAAUCAUCAUGAUGGACCUGUUGAUAACAACAAUAGUGAAUCUAAUCUGCGUCUUGGACAAUCGCAAAUUGUCAUUAUAGGUUUUUUCUUCAAUUAUAAUUUUGAAGUUGUACAUGUUACUCUAUAAUCUAUUGUAUAUUUUAGAUAGAAGAGCGUCUCGUAAUAUUCGACGUAUGUUUUAAUUUUAAAUUAAAAAAAAAUUUCAUAACAUAACAUAACGUUUUCUAUUGAUUUGUUUAGGGAUAAUGAAUAAACGAUUGUACAUUGCAAUUUUCAUGGUUCUUGUCAUUUUUUCUGGUAAAUAUUUUUAAUAAAUCUUUGUUCAUCUCAUUAUUUUUCUUUUUGUAUUGUCUAUUUAGCUUCAAUUUAUCUUGCUCCGAAAUUCUCAUUCUCACGUAUUACAAAUUUAAAGAAAUAUAAUUCGUUAACAUAUUGGUAUAUGAACAAUACUUAUCAAAGUAUAAAAGAAAAUAUUUGAUUUUUCUAUCAAUAAUCUAUUAUCAACAUUAUAGAUUGGAUAAUGGGAAAAGAGCGUAGAUUUUCUUAUCUAAACACAAUAAUACAUAAUAGUAAGCUAAUAAUUUAGAAAAAUAUUCUUUUUAAUAAUAUUUUCUAUAAAAAUCUUAAGAAUCAAAUAUUGAAAACAUAAUGAAUCAAUAUUCUACAAUAUUAACAUUCAAUGAUUCAAUGUGUACAUCAUAUGAUAAAUUUCGAUCUGUAUUCAUGAAAUCAAUUUGUUGGAAACAUAAUGUUACAGAAAAAACAGCUAAGUCAAUGAGCAAAGGUUAUAUUGAAAAACAACAAGAUGAAACAUUGUCAUGCACAAAAGACUUUAUUGAUAUUAUAUCUGAUGGACAAUCAAUGAAAAGAAAUCUUAAAAAUGAACAAUGUCUUUCAGAUACAUCGUUUGAUCAAACAUUACAAAUUAAGAAACAUAAUUUUCAUAAAAAAGAAAUUAAUAGUGAAAAUCUUAUACAUUCUCUUCAUUCAACAAACAUAAAAGUUACAAAUCAACAACAGUCAAUCCAUUAUUAUCAAAAAUCAUUAAAAGAAAAUAUUCCAUAG